AUGUGCAAUUUUUAUUCAUUUAAAAGAUUAUUUCUUGAAAAAAUUAAAAAAGAAUUCUGGAAAAAAAUAGAAAUAAUACCCUUACAACUUGGUGGAAAAUUAUGUUCGAAAGCAGAAAAUGUUAUGAAGGAAUGUCGAAGUGACGUUGAAAAUAUUGAAAAAUUAUAUCCGAAACUUAGAUUUUUAUGGAGUGAAUUAGAAUGUCAAGUUCAGGCUAUCGAAAAACUUGGAGAAUUUGCAGCAAAACAAAAUGGAAUUUUACUACAAUUUUAUGAUCAAGAACUUUCGACGAUAAUUGAAAAACUUGAUUCGACAUUAGAUGGAUUACAUGUAAAGUAUGUAGAUUCAACAAUUCGAGAGAAUGCAAUUGUCAUAGAACAAUUAAAUAGGGGGAAUAACAGUAAUACGUUGGGAGUGGAAUUAGGAUUAGAUUUUGAUAUCAAAGAUAAUAAUAAUAAAUUAAAGGACAUUUCAGAAAAAGUUUCAUUAUAUGAUUAUGUAGAAGAACAAGGGAUUCAAGAGUUAAAGUUAAAAACUCAAGAAGAAGUUAUGGCAAUUCAGCGACAUUAUAAUACUAGUUCCAAAAUAAUUGAAAAUAUUAAUAAUGAAUUAAAAAAGUUAGAUGAAAUACUUAUGAGUAAUAAUAUUUCACUAGAAGAAUCAGGAGUAGAUUUUUCUCAUGAGAAAUAUAGUAUUCUUGAACAAGAAACUCAAAAUAUGGCAGAGACAUUGGAAUCUUUGGCCAGACAUUAUGAUCAAGUUACUGCUGCACUAAAAGCAUUUCAAUCACAUUCUAAUGCAAAAUCAAUGUUGGAUAUAUCGGUUCUGGAGAAAGAUACGGACAUAAUUCCAACGAUUGUUCAAGAAUUACAGGAAGGACUUCAGUUCAUUGAUUCCACACAUUUUGAGAAAGAUUCAGCUAUGGUGGAUCGAUUAUUAGAUGAAUUAUUAAAUCUAAAUUUAUGGUAUGAAGAAUUUUCUAAAGCUUAUGAUCAUAUGAUAAUAGAAAUAGAUAGACGUCAUAAAGUAAAAGAACAACAUGAAAAAAUGGCGGAAGAAUAUUUAAAUAAAUUGGAAGGAUUAUAUAUUGAAGAAAUGCAACAGCGUGAUUCAUUUUUCGGGAAUUAUGGAAGAUAUUUGCCAAUUGACUUAUAUGGAACAAGAUUACCUGUAUUGUCACCUAAAGCCUUAUCUGAGGCGCAAGAAAAUUUGCAAAAAUAUAAAGAAAGAAUUUCCAAAAGUUAA